CGAUAUUUGAAAUUCAAUAUGGCGGCCAGGGUGCAAUUCCUGGCUGCUAGGAUGAAAAGUUUUAAACUAUUUGGAGCUUUUCCAUCUCGGACAUAUUUUGGUUUUGAACGAAUGAAGACACAGAGAUUCUCGUCAGGCAUUGAAAGCGUUGUAAAUGACCAAAAUAGGGAUAUUAUUGUGCUUGGAAAGUCAUAUCGAACCGAUGAAAUGACAAAUAUUACACCAAGUAUUUUAUCUAAACUAGAUAAGAGACUUCAUAACUUAGCUGAUCAUCCGUUGAAAAUCUUAAAAGAUAAAAUACAUACUUAUUUGUACGCAGCACAUCGCACACGUUGGGGCUCACCUGUGUUUACCAUGAUUGACGAUGUUAGUCCAGUGGUAUCUAUAGAUCAGAAUUUUGACAGUCUGUUAGUACCAGUUAACCACAUUGCAAGAUCAAGAAAUGAUAAUUAUUAUAUCAAUAAAGAUAUAUUACUACGAGCUCAUACGACUGCUCAUGAGAGAGAACUGCUCAAGAUGGGACUAGAUGCGUGGGUGCUAACGGGUGAUGUCUAUCGUCGUGAUGAAAUAGAUAGAACACACUAUCCUGUGUUUCAUCAGAUGGAAGGUGUCAGACUGUUUGUCAAACAUGAGCUGUUUCAGAAUUAUCAAGUUAGUAUAUUUCAUUGGUCUGCUCAUGAAAAGUGUUUCUACAAAAUUGGUUUAAAUGCAAACAAAACUUCUGAAAGCUAGACAAAUUUGCACCAGUGUGGAAAGUUUGUGUUGUGCGGCAGCAGAGAUGUUGGCCGUGCAAUUUAGAUGCUUUAUAUAUUUACUAUUAAAUUUUUAAUUUCCAAACGUUCUCCCCUCCAUCACUUGUUACCAGCCUACUUAUCCCCCUAUCUUAACCCAUUAAGCUGCAGAGCUUCCCCAUUGACGAGUAAAAUCGUCUGCUGUUAGACAAGUAAAAAAACCCCAAGUAGGCCACUUUGGGGUGCAUUGCGGCUCAGUGGGUUUAAUUAUAGGGUUAUAGGGUUAAUUUAAGCUUGAAUUACUUAGCUAUUUGCUAAUCUUUUAAAACCUAACACUUUUCAAUACUUCCAGCAAAAGUAUUAUAGUAAUAGACCAAUAAUUGUAUUACUAUAAAAAUUAUAUUCUAGUAAGGAUAAGCGAUACCAGCUAAAUUUAUUAAUUUAAUAUGAUAACAAUUCCGAUACUAUGCAUUUUGAUUUGAUGAUGGGACAUAUUGUGGUCCAUAUAAUUAUGUCUUUCUUUCAGGAUGCAUUGGACAUAUUCUCAGAUGACAGUGAGCAAAUGGUAGAAAAGCAAGUAGUUCACAGUUUGGAGGCUGUGAAGUUGGUGGAACAUAACCUCAAGGAGACGCUAAGUGGUCUUGUUGAACAUUUAUGUGAUAAGAAUGUUGAGAUUCGCUGGGUUGAUGCAUAUUUUCCCUUCACUCAUCCUUCAUGGGAAAUGGAGAUCAAAGUUGAAGAUGAGUGGAUGGAAUUGUUAGGUUGUGGGAUAUUACAACAUGAUAUACUGAAAAAUGGUGGGUAAUACACAGCUAUAUCACCAGUGGUGGAUUUAGGGGGGGGGGGGCGCACCCCCCAGGCUCUAGUCAACAGGGGUGCAGGGGGGGUGUGCAAAAAUGACAUCCUAAUUCUAACCAACUUAUGUUAAGGAAUUCAGUUGUGUAUCACUAGUUGACAAUAUUAACUAAUCCCCAGUUAAAAAAGCAGCUACAUGCUAUGGUUUAUCAAUCAAAAAUUCAUUACAUUUUCUUACAUUUGAUUUAAGCUGGUGCAGGAAACAAGAUUGGUUGGGCAUUUGGAAUAGGUCUGGAGCGUCUCGCUAUGAAAUUAUUUGGCAUCCCAGAUAUCCGUUUAUUUUGGAGCAAGGAUGAAAGAUUCCUGUCCCAGUUUCAAGAAAACAAAAUAGUUCAGUUCAAACCAUUCAGCAAAUAUCCACCAACAUAUAAAGAUGUCUCGUUCUGGAUUUCUGAUAAAUACACACCAAAUAAUUUCUAUGAAAUUGUGCGAUCCACUGCUGGAGAUAUAGUGGAAAAGGUUG